GCCAUCUUCUGACGCCGAAAAAAAAUUUUGGUUUAGACAGACUGUUCAAUUGGAUUUCUUGUUCCUUUAAUCUUUGAUUAUGGUUGUUACAGUUCGUUUUGCGCCUAGUCCCACCGGUUUUUUACACCUUGGUGGUCUUCGAACUGCGAUUAUUAACUAUUUGUUUGCACGAAAACAGGGUGGAACUUUUAUAUUAAGAAUUGAAGAUACAGAUCAGUCUAGAAUUGUCUCUUCAUCGCUAGCAGAUAUUUUUGAUGUUUUAAAUUGGGUUGGUAUAAAACCUGACAAGGGACCUUUCACUAAAGAAGAUGCACCGAACUAUGUUCAGUCAGCCAGACUUGAUAUUUACAAAGAAAAGGCAAACGAGCUGCUUGAUAAAGGUUUGGCAUACCGGUGUUUCUGUUCAACUACUCGACUUGAUUUACUGAGAAAAGAAGCUUUAAAGAAUAGAAAUAUUCCUAGGUAUGACAAUCGUUGCAGAUUCUUGUCGGACAAAGAAAUUGAUGAAAAGCUAUCUGAAAAGGCUGAUUACGCUUUACGUUUCCGAUCGGAGGAUCAAAUCGUUAAUGUUGACGAUUUGAUCUAUGGAAGCACAAGAUUUGACGUGAAAAACUCUGAAGGUGAUUUUAUCAUACUCAAAAGUAAUAAAUUCCCAUCGUACCAUUUAGCCAAUGUGAUUGAUGACCACUCCAUGGAAAUAACUCAUGUUCUUAGAGGUGAAGAAUGGCUGCUCUCAACGCCGAAACAUUUAAUGAUCUACAAUGCAUUUGGAUGGGAUCCACCAAAGUUUGCCCAUAUUCCGAUUAUACUAAACGAGGACGGAAAAAAGUUGAGCAAGAGGCACCAAGAUCUUGGUGUAAUGAGCCUUAAAUCUCGUGGAUACUACCCUGAAACGAUUAUCAACUAUUUAAUGUUAACUUCCAGUUCAUUUGAACUUAAAUCAAACAAAUUAGCUUCAUUGGAGGAGAUCGUACAACAGUUUAAUUUUGAUACAAUCCAUCGAUCUAGAUGUAAAGUUAGUUAUUCCAAAUUGAAAGCUCUUAAUCGAUUUGCUAUCAAAACAAAAUUGGAAGAUGACAAGCAAGGAUUUCUUUUAACUUUAAGGAAUUAUUUAAAAGAUCGAUUCGGUGAAAAAGUCAUUGACAAUGAAACGGAUGAUCAUCUCAUCUUCCUUUUUACAGAAAGUUCAGGCCGUUAUUCUAAUUUUGGUGAUUUCGUAGAAGAAUUGGGGUUUGUUUGGACUCCAUGUGAUCCUGCUUGGGCGUGUGAUCAGUUUUUACCUUUAGGAGAUCUUGAUAAAUCGGUUGGAGGCUGUCUUGAAUUGAUAUCCAAAGAAUGGAGUAACAGCAAAGAAAGAAUGGAUAAAUUACCUUUCUUGAAAACCUAUUGCUCAGAGAAAAACGUGGAUUAUCGAUUAUUGAUGAGAUUUCUCAGAUAUUCACUAGUAAAUAGUGAAAUUGGUUUACCAGUUGGACAAAUGUUAUAUGUACUUGGUGCAGAGGAAUUUUCACGAAGAGUUAAAAAGGGAAUAGAAUAUACUAAAAAUCAACUGAAAAAUUCAAAUUGAAAUAAAAAAUAGAGCCCUAUAAUUAGUCUGAGCGUAGCGAAGACUAAGGUAUUAGACUCAGGCAAAAAAAAUGACCAUUCCACUGAUGUAGAGGCCAAACGGCUAAACGGAUUUGCAUGAAAUUUUCGAAUAUUGAAGGUUAUAUAAAUAUGCAGCUCUGAGAUAAAGAUUUUUCAUAUCACCUUACAGGGUGUCCCAAAAAUAACGUUUUUCAAGUCGUAAAAAUCGUUUUUUUAGACUGAAAAACUCUAUGAUGUACUUAGGUGCACCAAAUUCAGUGAGCUUAUAUAAAAACAUGAUAAAAAUUA